GUUAGUUCGGUGCACUUGCAAUAUUGUGACUUUGACAGCUAGCCUAUUUUACGCGCGUUAGUGACGUUUGGUGCGUUCUAUAUUUUAAAAGAGUUUUUAAGUGAGUGCGGAUUAGUUUCUGGAAAGAUUUAAUAUUACAGAAAUGGGUUCGCUGCCGCGUGUCUCUGUGGUGAGUGGGGCCCGAAUAGCUGUUCCAGCAGCGCCGUUGGUUACACACCUGCAGCUUCUCCGCAUGCAUGACAGAACCGCGCUAAUUUAUUCAGAUGAAACGUGCAAUGUGCGCGUGAGCUAUGCAGAACUUGAAGGCAGAAGCAACGCCAUGGGCAGAGCUAUAGCCGCCCAUGCGAGACCAGUUGGCCCCAACAGGGAUAAUGACUAUGUUAUAGCUGUCUGCAUGCAGCCUACACAUAACACAAUACUAUCACUUCUAUCGACGUGGAAGGCUGGAGCUGCCUACGUGCCUUUGGAACCAAGUUUUCCUCAAGCCAGGAUCAGUCACAUCAUGAAGGACGCCCAGCCGUCACUCAUAAUUUAUGACGAUACUGCUAAUCCAUCAAUGUUUGCAAAUAGUGGAGUACCGUCAAUCUCAUUUGAGGAGUUGUCACUAGACGCCAGUUCAUUACCAUCCGACAGCCUGACAGAUAGAGAGAUGUUGGCACCGGCUACAGUUGACAGCAUUGCUAUAGUGUUGUAUACUUCUGGAAGUACUGGAAUACCAAAAGGUGUCCGUCUACCGUAUUCCGCGAUUUGCAAUCGCUUAUGGUGGCAGUUCCGUUCUUUUCCGUAUUCCGACACAGAAAGCGUUUGUGUUUGGAAGACUGCACUUACGUUUGUAGACUCAGUUUGCGAGAUUUGGGGUCCUCUUUUGCAUGGAAGGACUUUGUUGAUAUUACCUAAAGAAACCACGCGUGACCCGCAGAAGUUGGUGCGUGCUUUGGAUGAUAAUCGAGUGGAACGCUUGGUUCUAGUACCGACUCUACUCCAAUCCAUUCUCAUGUACCUCUCCUUGAGCCCAGAAAAUUCGUUAAAACAUUUGAAACUCUGGGUGUGUUCUGGGGAGACAUUGAGCAAGGAUUUAGCAGCCAAGUUUUUCCAGCAUUUUGGAGUUGGUUAUAGGCUCGCUAAUUUCUAUGGAAGUACCGAAGUAAUGGGGGAUGUGACCUACUAUAUCAUUGAAAAUAGUUCUCAGUUGGAGAUGUUUCCUACUAUACCAAUAGGUGCACCUCUGGACAACAGCGCCGUAUACCUUUUGGACGAGGAAAUGAACCCGUCUCGUGAAUCUGAGCCUGGUGAGGUCUGGGUGGCUGGACGGAACUUGGCCAAGGGAUACGUGGGUGGACAGGCACCUGAGAAGUUCUGUGACAACCCUCAUGCUGCUCAUCCAGACUUCAGUCGCCUUUACCGUACCGGUGACUUUGGCGUCCUCUACAAGGGAAUGAUAUUGUUUGCUGGUAGAACAGACUCACAAGUGAAGAUCAGGGGCCAUCGAGUGGACCUACAGGAAGUCGAAAGAGCUGUCAUGGGUGUACAGGGUGUCGAUAAAGGUGUUGUUUUAUGCUACGGUCUGGAUCGGGGCAACCCAGAGAUUCUCGCGUUUGUUACCAUUAACCAGAAUGCAAGAUUAAAUGGAAAGCACAUAGAGAAUGCUCUGAAGGAUGCACUCACCAAUUAUAUGUUACCUCAGGUAAUCGUUAUUGACAGCGUACCAUUGUUAGUAAAUGGUAAAGUCGACAGACAAGCACUGCUAAAGAUGUAUGAAAACACUAAUAAUAAUGAUGACACAACUAUUAAUCUAGACAUAGACUAUUCAGGAGUUCGUCCUGAAGAACGAACUAAAGCUCAGAUAUUAUUUGAGACAGUCGGAGAGGUUUUAGGUCGAGCUGCAAGAGGUGCUAUAUCACUUAGAGCAGGCUUUUACGAGCUGGGAGGGAAUUCUCUUAACUCAAUCUAUACCAUUACUAGACUGAGGGAUAGGGGAUAUUUUAUUGAAAUUAGUGAUUUCAUCGGAGCAUCGAACCUAGGGGAAGUGUUGCAGCACUUAACAACAAACCCCGAUAGUGGUAGAGAUGAAAUCCCAAAGUUUACUGUUGUACCAAUGAGUGAUUCUUACCGAGAGGAUGUUAUAGAGAUGAUAGUAUCGUCGUUCUAUGAGAAAGCCGAGUUGGAGCAGUUCCUACGACAUGAAAUAAACACACGGGAUUAUGCACACUGUGUGUCGGCGUGUUGGGAACCGUUGUUGGAGGCUGGAUUGAGUGUUGUAUUGGAAGAUUCUUCCGGCAAUCCAGUAGCAGUAGCAUUAAACUUCGAUGCUAGAGCUGAACCAGACCUAGAAUUAGUUGGUGGUCUGGCGAAGAUCAUGACAUUCUUGGAGUAUGUGGAAGGUUCAGUGAGGGAUACAAUGUUACCGGAGGGCAAGGGUACUAUCCUUCAUUCCUUCAUGAUGGCCACAGCAUCAAGUCUUUCAGGCGCAGACAAUGUAGCAGCAAUUCAAGCUUUAGAAGUAGCCACAAUGAAAAUCGCACGGGAAAGACGGUUUCUUGGGAUUUUCACAACGAACACAAGCCCUUUGACACAGCAACUUGGAACAGAUGUUCUAGGCUUCCAAACGCUUUUGGACUAUCAAAUUAACCAGUAUGUGGAUUCAAAUGGAGACAGAAUAUUCGGCGAAGCCCCUGAUGAUAUGAGAGCUAUUGUUUGCUGGAAGCCAGUGGAUUAAGUUGUUCCCAAUUCUUAAUUAUGAACGUGAUACCAGCAUUAUAUAGUUUUUUAAUACAUUACAGUUCUGUUCGGUUUUGAUGAAUUUGUUAAGGCAAAGAUAGUAGUAAUCAAUUCGAUUUCACUUAAGCGAAAUUAUAAAAAUGAUAUUUCUAUUAAUUUAAAAUUUUUAGAAUGUAGCUUUAACGUUAAUUUAUAUUUAUCAAGGUAGAUAUUUCUGUAAUUUAAUAACAUAUUAAUUUAAAUACGUGCAAAUUAUUGUGUUAAUUAGUUUUUUAGCUUUCGUAAAAUGUAACAUGUUUUUGUUACAUUAUUUGUAAGCUUCUAGACAAACGUAGAUCUAUAUUUUUAAAUUGAAAAUGAAAUUAGUUUAUAUUGUACAUCCAAGGAUGGAACACAAUGGAUCUUUGCCUCAAAUUACUGUAAAUACUUAUAAUGGCGUAGAUAUCAAAUCACUGCUGAAUAUGUACCUACAUAAAUAAAAACAAAACCAUUAAAAUUAACUCAAAUAUUUUUUAUGUAAAAACAAUACAACGAUAUAUUUCAUCAGCAGUGGACAGAUUAUUGAUAGAUUUCUGGUUAAUUGCCAGAAUUAUUGUAAUAUUUUAUCAACAGCAUCAACACCGAAUUGUUAGUUUAGCCUUCAAUUAAACAAAAUAGGAGUAUUUAAGUUAGUACUAAAUUAGCUUUUUAUUUAUUUAAAUGUAAAUAUAAUUUAGAUAUGUACGUAAGAUCU